UUUUGCUUAGCUCUUUUUAGAUGAUAUUACCAUUGCAAGCUAGAUUAUUACAACAUGAAGCUGCUUUUAGUCCUGUUUUUUUGCCAACUAUCGGCCCCCAUCUCGAAGGCCAGUUUGUACGGUUUCGGCAAAGUUCCCUAUAUAGACGGCAUCGAAAGUAAACUUCGCCGUCACGAGCCUCCGGAUCCGGCCAAGCAACUUUCUCCAGUUAUUCUCGUCCCUGGAGACGGAGGUAGCCAAAUCGAGGCCAAACUAGACGUGCAGAAUGCAGCCCAUUCGUACUGCGCCAAGAAAACGGAUGACUUCUUCAAUAUCUGGUUGAACCGCGAGUAUUUGGUUCCAUUUGCCAUCGACUGUUUGGUGUCUCAUUUGCGUUUGGUGUACUACAACGAUACACGAAAGACUGUCAAUUCAGACGGAGUUACGACCCGUGUUCCAGGAUGGGGCAACACUUCGUCCGUUGAAUGGAUUGAUCCAACCCAAGGUGCCGACGGUGCGUACUUUGUCAAUUUGGCCAAUGCCCUUGUUAGAAACGGUUACAAGCGUGGAGUUUCAUUGUUUGGAGCUCCGUAUGACUUCAGGAAGGGUCCUAAUGAAGAUGCUGAGUUCAGAAACCAAUUAAAAGAAUUAGUUGAGCAGGUUUUUGCCAGUAACAACAAAACUGCAGUAACUUUAAUCGUUCACGGAGCUGGAGGUCCAAAGUUGUUGCAUUUCCUCCAGGAGCAAUCUCAAGAAUGGAAGGACAAACAUGUGAAGCGAAUGGUCUCCCUGAACGGAGCUUGGGGUGGAACUGUGCAAUCGAUCGAAACCUACACUGUGGGAGAUGAUUUCGGUUUGCCGUACAUCGAACCAAGUUCCAUCGGAAACAUGGAGAAGACGUAUCCGUCGUUGGCCAGAAUGAUGCCAAGCCCACUUUUCUGGAAGCCUCACUCGGUGUUGGCAAAAACACGCAAUCGUGUCUACACGCUGGAAAAUGUUCGCCAGUUUUUCAACGAUCUCGACUUUUUGGAAGGCUGGGAAAUGUACCAGGACGCAAUGCCUUACGUGCUAAACUUUUCCGCACCCGGAGUGGAGGUACACUGUAUUUAUGGCAGCAAAGUUGAAACGGUGGAGAGCCUCAAUUUUAACAACACCGAUGAUAUCACCGGGACACCGAUUUAUGAAACCGGCGACGGCGACGGAACUGUCAACAAACGCUCCCUGGAGGCAUGCAAGCACUGGGCAGGAGAGCAAAAGAAGCCGGUUGUCGUGAAGAGUUAUGCCGGCAAUGACCACAUGGGAAUAUUAGCUAAUCUUACCGUGCUCGAUGAUAUUGUCCUGCUGCUGUUGCACGAUUUGGACCAGUGAGGCUUCUGUAAGUUUCCUUUUUUUUGGUUAUGAGAUUUAUGUUGAAAGUUUUUUUUAAGGUG